UCUAGGGCCAAAUAUUUGCGUUUUCCUGAAGAUUCGGACCCCAAAAUGGUCAUAUAUUGACAACUGAAUGGGUAAAGAGCUUGGGAGGUUGCAAAGGAAUGGCAAAGUACCAUUGCAAUUACUGCCAGGGGGAUAUUUCAGGGUUUAGAAUCAAGUGCUCUGAAUGCCCAGACUUUGACCUUUGUUUACAGUGCUUUUCGUGUGGAGCAGAGAGUGGAGGCCACAAACGUGACCAUGAUUAUCACAUAGCGGGAGACGAUGACACGUCUAUAGGUGCAUUUGACAUUCCACAACCAUGGUCGCUGGUUGAAGAGAUGAUGCUUCUGGAUGCUGUAGAACAAUAUGGUUUUGGCAACUGGGAGGAUGUUGCUAACCAUGUGGAAUCAAGAAAAGGACCUGAAUGUGAGGAGCAUUAUGUCAAGUUCUUUAUUCAAGGAACAAUAGGUAGAGAAAUCUUGUGUGUUGAUACCAUUGGCAGCAAUGUUACAGAUCAUUCUUGUCCAGAUGGAGGUCCUUUGUCACCUAGUAUCACAGUCCCCAUCAGUCCAUUAGACCUGAAUAUACAGGAGCAGCAUGAAUUAGGUUACAUGCCAUACAGAGAUGACUUUGAACGGGAACACGAUAAUGAGGCAGAAACUCUAGUCAGUAGUCUAGCAAAUAAUUAUGAUGAUGAGGAUAUAGAUGUUGCUGUUAAACUAGCACAAGUUGACAGAUAUAGGACUAGAUUAAAAGAACGGGAAAGACGAAAAUUUAUAGCACGCGAGUAUAACUUAAUUCAAGCAGCCACUACACUGGGCAAACAAAAAUGUCAGACGCCAAAGAAAAAAAUUUCGAAGGAGGAUAAAGAUCUGCAAGAAAAAGUCAAAGUUUUUUCUCAGUUUCAUUCUUUAGCAGAACAUGAUGCUUUCCUUGAAAAUAUUCAGAAGGAAAAAGACCUCAAGACUCGAAUAAAGUCACUUAUGAGAUACAGGAAGAAUGGAAUCACAAAACUAGAUGAUGUAGAACACUUUGAAGAGGAAAAAUUCAAACGAGAUAAGAAGAGAGACAAUAAGAAAAAGCUGGGCAACUCCUCGCCGCUAAUCAAGAGAGGAUCAAUGGUCUCAAAAAAAGCCGCCGCCGUUAUAGAAGAAAAAUUAGAUAUACUUAUAGACGACGAAGAAUCAAAAGAUGAAGAUGAGGAGAAUGAUAGUAAAGAAAUGGCAGCCUUCCCUGGCUACGACAUGUUGUCAGAGCGUGAAAGGAAGCUGUGCAACUCCAUAGGUAUGACUCCAGGGAACUACCUAACCAUAAAGACCUGUAUCAUUAAGGACUAUCUACAGCGACGACAAGGACUGCCCAAAAUAAAGAUUCGCUACCCAAGUGGGCUUGACAAAACCCAUCGGCGCAAGAUUAUGAGCUUCUUAACGGAUAAUGGUUGGAUAGGUGUAACUUGAUGAGUUCGUUGUUCCAACAGGGACUGGAUAGCUUGCGAGUCAGGUGGGCUCUGGCUUUAGAUCUUCACAAACGGCAGACUCUUCUUUAUUAAAUACGAGUGCUGCAGGGAAAAGCUGGGAAUUGAUGAGGUCCAAUCUCUGAGAUUUCCUUUACCGAUGAAAAAUCUGUAAAGCGUGGUCCAAAUUGGCGAUCAUUACAAGACAAACAAUCUUGAAUCAGCUCAGAGUCAUUUGCAAGACUAAGUUGUAUUCUGCGUGUAAAAUGAACAAUUGCUGUGUCAUAUCAAGCUGCCAAUGUCCAAAAGGCUAGUUGUAAAAAGAAGUGUUCACAGCAAAGAAAAUUGAAAGUCUUACACAAUUUGCAGCAGAAAUAGCUUGUUCAUUGUAUUAGUGGUUGGUAUUGAAUUCCUUACCAAACAUAUCUCAGGUGAUGCAAACAUGUUGUGCACAUUAUCUGUGGCCAGACCAAAUCAUACAGCAGAUGGGUACUUAACUGCCAAGAAAUUCUGCUGAGUGAUCCACAUUCCCAUACUCUUUUCACAGACUUGAUACAAAUGGUACAUCUGAUUGGAUCUGUGAACUUGAGGGAUGCAAGUGGGUUCAAUAAAUUAACAAGAUGGAAUAAGUUUUGAGGUUAUUGUAAAAGUGAUGAAAAUGAUAAUUAAUUUAAAUUGGCUUUCCUGAUACUUUUACAUCCUUUUCAGAAAGUACCAUUAACAAAAGUUCUAAGUUCCAAGCUGUAUGGUGAACAUUUAUGAGAAAGUUAGAAUCUGUCUGAAAAACCAGCUCUCUCUUCACAUUUAAUCACAACUCAUUCAUUUGAAGAAAGUCAUUGUAGCAAUCAGUUUUAUAUUUAUUCUUUGAAACUUAAGAAAAUAAUCAUAGUUGAACUUGACCACUUGCUCCCUAGGUGUUGAUUAUUAAACAAAUUUCUCUACACAUGUUAGUCUUGCUGCCAUGAUUUUGGCUAUUUAAGUUGUAGGUGUAGUUGGAUUAUACCUGGAGAUCACAAUGUAAAAUUUGAGUUAACUCUCUGCAUCAUAGGUAGAGUAUCAGCAUGCAAACCUCUUACAAUCAAAUUUCUUAUAUAUGUAUUUAUAUAUAGAUUAAUUGAUUAUUUCUUUCUUUUUUCUUACUUUUUCAAUUUGGUCAGACACUAGGAAUGUGAAUGGUAUUGUUUUCAAGCAUCCAACAGCAUUAUAUUUGGUUCAAUACUGAAUUUACAGAAGUGUAAAGUUUUAAGUGUGGCCAUGAUGUUCCAGGAAAUUGGUGACAGGAUUAAGAGAAUAACUGAUACAGGUGUUCAGUGGUUGCUGCAAUAUCAUGGGUGUGAGAGAUGUGACAAGUAUUUGAAACAAGGAAAAAAGAUAAUGUAUGCCAGAAGAAAAUAUGAUGUGUAACUGAAGAUAUUUCUCCUAAACACAUUACAAAUACAUAUUUCAAAUUGGCAACAAGGAAAAUGUAUUAAGAAUAUGGGUUUUGAGUGAAGAAUUUGUCACAUGUCAUAAAACACUACAUUUCCUCAUACAAAAUAAGCAUUUCCUUAAGAUGGGUUGCCAAGCCAUGGUUUCGGUCUCCUCGAUCUUAUUCAUUAUCUGUAGGAUAAAAAAAACUAAGAAGUCAUCUGGUAUGCUGGUGCAGUAGUUGAAUUUUUUCCAUAUCAUUAUUAAACAUGAUAUUGGUUAUCUUUUAGUUAGCUUUACAAUAUUUGGAGUACUUUGAUGUGGCAUACACUAUUGUUACCUUUCAAAUAGCAUUCAUCUGCAAGCAUGAAAUAAAUACUCAGUGGAAUUUGUGAUGGGUCAGGAACUACAAUAUUUAGAAUUAUUAAUGGCUUAUGUGAAAUGUUAAACAUCUGAACAUUGAAAAAUAAUUUGCUGAAGUCUAAAAUGAUUGAUUAUUCCAUACCACUCUUAAGACCUCCAAUAUGCAUUGAUCAUUUCAACAACAUUGAAGUUAAUUCCAGUGAGAAAAAUCCAAGUAAUUCUUUUUUUAUUCAACCAGCUUUGUGUACAAUAUUUUUCUGUAAAUGUUUGUUGUAUUGAAGGAAUGUACAUAGUGAGAAAUGUGUAGUGUUCCAACUUAUUUAUGAAAAUGCAAAGUGUCUGUGCUAUUUAUGGUGUGUACAAUCUUAAAACAAAACUUGAUCUUUAUUCUUAAAUUUUUUAAAUUUGGAUCCUUCAAAAUUUUUAUGUCAAAAUAAUUGUAGCUUGUUUUUAAUCCUGUAACUAAUGUAAAUUUAUAUUUAUUUUGUAUAGAUGUAAAUACCUGCCGACAGCAGACUGUUUUACCCCUGAUAUUGUACAUGUGCUCAUUUUAGUUACUAAACUUUUUCCUUUUUUUCUUCUCCUCAGCUUUUGCUGUUUAGGUUUGUGUCCAUGAUCCGUCUCUGAUGAAUCACAUAAUGAAUUUCAGGGAUUUCAGUUUUGAAUGGAAAUGAUUGUGUUUCACAUAAACACACUUUAUUCCUGGUCACUGGUAUUCAUUACAGUGAAAGCAAGUAUAGCUUGCAACUUCUCUUUGUGUUUGUUGUUUAAUGGAAUUAAUUUUAAACAUAUUCAUGGUAAAUGAAUGAGUUAUCUUGAUUUAUUAGAUUGAGAAAAGUCCCAAUCUUUUACAUUUUGUCUAAGCUUUUUCCCAUUAGAAAAUAGACUUUGUGCACCAAUAUAGGUGUACAUUCAUGAUAAAAGUUUAGAUUGUCAUUCAGCAUAGGACAAUUUCUCACAUAAACAUUCAUUAUUAUCAUCAAUCCAUUCAUGUCACAUUUUGUUUCUUCAAUGACUAGAAAUGUUGGUAUGGAGAGAAGGAGCUACUAAAAUCUUGUUUUAUUUAAGUGUGUCUAAGUGUGUCUGAAUGGAUAUGUUUCCCAUACUGCCAGUCUUUAAAACUUUCCUUCAGGUGGAAUUUGAAGGCAGAUGAGGAGUUUGAACCAAGGGUAAUUUAUUUUGACCCGAUUGUAUUGUGGUUAAUUUAUGAUCGACCCAGUUGAAUUGUGCUGGAAGUGUUGUGUGAAAGCCAUGUCAUAAUUCAAAGCUAGAGAAAUACAUGGAUAUUGUUUGUAAGACAUGUAAAGAUGGAGUGCAUCACAAAUUUCAUUCAAAUAAAUGAAAUAAAAUCUU